AUGGGUUGCCUGGAGCCGACAAAACCUGAGCGACGGCGACGGUGUCUACCAUUGAGUACUCGCUGUCUUCACACACUAGUACGUCGUUUUCCAAUGGUUGAUUUUCAUCAAGAAACGCAACGCUUGGCCUUAGGUACAAUGGAAGCUGUGAUCGUUAUUUAUGACCUUCGCACAGCAACAAAGUGGCGCGUUCUAGACGGCCACGGUUCGGCCGUCUCUGCUGUUCGCUUUCGAUUUGACGGACAAGUACUUGUGUCCUACGCAGCUCGUGAUGGUAGUGUGCGGUGGUGGAAUAGUGGCAACGCUGGACUUUUUGGAGGCAUGCUCAAGAUGUAUCAGUCGUGUCUAAAGGAGCACAAAUUAUCGACAUUGCAAGAAAAUUCUACCGGAGGUGCAUCAUCGUCAACUGGUGGGACGAGCGCCGGUUUAAAGCAGAUUAUCCAGACGUGUCGCUUUCAAUUUCUCACGCGUAAGGAUAGUUCGGAAAACAAAUGUACUAGCAACUCCGAACGACCCAAACACGUGUUGCGUCUCACCAGAGAAGAUGCCAGUCAAGUGCAAUUCCUUUUGUAA